AUGUCAUCAUAUCAAAACCUCCCGAGCGUAAACGAUAUCAAACGCGCCGCCGCCGCAGGUCAACGCUUUACCUCGGAGGAUGUCUCUUGUAUUGCGCAGGCGGAGAGCGAAUUAACGGGUGGAGGGCCUGUGAAGGGUGGCCCUGCUGCAACUGCUCAUUCCCUCUCCUCGAAACAAAUGAAAUUUGACUCCAAAUUCGAUGAACUCUCGCACAAGCCACCGUCACACAUCACGCAGGAAGAUGCGCGACAAUUGCAAUCUGCUGAAGGUCGAGCGUUUAAUGCCCCGCCGGGCGUGGCUAGUGUAUCAGCCCAGGUACGUUCUAUAGCUGAUCGGAAUGAGGUGCUGGGAUUACCGGCUGUGCAAGACCCUGGUCCGGUGUAUGUGACGAAGGAGGAGGCGAGUGAAGCGCAGUCUGUGGAGGCCAUGCAUACAGGUGGGAUGGUGCCCAAGGGGGGUUAUGCGGCGCAGCUACAGAGUGCUGCUGAUAAACGGGAAGCAGCGCUUAAUGGGGUUACCUGGUUGCCGGAGUAG